AUGUCGAGAAGCGCUGUCGGCCCACAUUUCUUAAAUGACCGCCUCGGUCUCGUCGUUGCGCCCAGCCAGUUCCGUCUCCAGCCACCGGUCGAGGACGGCGGAAGUGUGCGCCUUUUUCAGGCCAUUUGCCAAGAACUUGGCCGGUCGCUCGAGGCCGUCACUCCGGAAACUCUCCAGAACGGACUGCCGCAGGCAGCAGGAACUCCAGAAAAUAUGCAUAAUUGGCUGAACGGAUGGAAGGUCCUCUCAGAGCCAGGCAGUAAGGGGGAGGGGUCAUUCACAGCGAAGAUUCUCGAACUGGAAACAGCCAAUAACGACCUUUGCCGCGAGUUAGAUCUGAUGAGCACGCGCUUCGAAUCAUCUCCGGACGAGGGUCGUAAGCUGCGAGCCAAGAACUGCAUGCUUGAGCGCGAAAUAGAGGCUAGUAUGUUAGCUGUGCGCCGGAAAGGGGAGGAACUGGCACGCUUGAGCGGGGUGGGUCAGGUGAUGCAGGUAUUGCAGGGCUAG